AUGUCGAGGCCCAGACUCGACACGUCCUAUGUCGAUUUCGAGUCCGACAAGGGAGUGCGAUCACCGAGGACGCCAACGUAUGAACCAGUAUCCCCGUCAAUUGACUCGAUGCCACCUUUCGAUCCCACAAAGUAUUCCACCGAAUCUAGCCCUAAAGGCGACGACAGACUCCCUCACCCUCCUCCGCCUCCUCCGCCUCCUCAGCAGCAGCCGGUACCAUGGAUGUGGAUUUGCCACUUAUGUCAUUCGCGAUAUCCGCUUGGCGUUACCCGCCGCUGCCUGGUGGACGGACACUAUUACUGUUCAGGCCAGACCGACCGACCGAGUCUGAGGAAAAAGAAGAAGCCCAAGGCGUGUUCGAGUGAAUUUGACUAUGUGGCCUGGAAAAGCUGGGGAGCAUGGCGCCGAGGCAUUCUCAAACUCCUCGAGAAUGAGCGGGUCUCGGGGUGUUGCCAACACUGCGACUUUCCGAGUCAGUGUCGGUAUCCUGCUAAUUCACAUCCUCUUGUCAAGACUCAGGCAACACUGGUUUUUCCGAAUGCUCCGGUCUGCGACCCAUUACCCGAACUAGAAACUCAGACCGCUGAGGUCGAUGGAAAAGAUGGGGCCAAGUCGAAAGCCAACGAGAACGUCGACUUUGACCAAAUCUUGGAGAACAUCUAUACAGAUACAAUGUCACAGACAUCGAGGUCAGAAAAGUCAUUGAAUACAAAAAAGCAGAAUAAAAAUGCGUCUGCAGGCAGGAAGAAGCGUUCAGGCAAAACAUCGACGCCUUCAUUGGAAGAUGAUCUUGCUGAAGAGGAGAGAAGGCUGCGCGAACUGGUCGGGCCAGACUUGUGGUCGUGCUUGGAAGAUGUUGGAUUGGACCAUGCGCCGACCGAGUGA